AACAGUUGCCGAAACGUAUCGAAUACCCAUAAAAGUAGCGGACAGUUCGUCAGCGUCAUGAUCCUUGGUCGUGAUGUCCACCAUGCUGCUCCUCCUGGUCACUGUCUUCUCUCUGGCGGCCGUCAAGGCUCAAGUCCUACCUUGCUGCAUCGACGCUCUGUGGUCAGCCACGAUGAUCGACGUUGGCGCACUCUCCCAAGGAAACGGUGUAAAGGCUGACUUCUACUACGACUAUAACAUCCGAGCCACUGCCGUCCAGUACUAUCAGCCCGGAUCCCAAGUGAAGGCAGACAGAGUGGUCACGCACUACGGAAAGGGACUACGGUACACAAUCAACACUGGCUCAUGUGUCCGGAUGCCCAACACUGACGACAUGCUACCAAACUGCGUCCCAUACGAGAGUACAUACCUCGGAUCCAGCUAUAUCGGCACUGAGACAAACGGGCUGAAAACUGAUACUUGGUUCUUUCGUCUUGGUGCCCUCAACUUUACUGUCAGCUAUGCCAACCCUGGAUGCGUCCCAACAUUCCGGGGGAAAGUCGAUACAGUACCGUCACCUCCAGUAAAUACAGGUGUAUACUUUAACGGAUAUGUGCCGCAAAUUACGGAUGACGCUGCUUUCGGAAUCCCCGCCGGCUGUCAAUAGCAAAGCAACUGCAAUUAAUAAAGUUCAUUUCUUGUCCUGGAA